AUUACUUUUACCAAUUGAUGUUAAGACCCUCUUGGAAUUAUAUUUAGGUGAUGAAUCACUUAAUGAGAGAUACGAAUACGAUUUGGAGAGAAAAAAAUGUGAAAUGAUACCAGCAAACUCUAAUCGUGAAAUUUCCGUUGUCGAUAUUUUACGCCAAAUUGAUAUUGAAUGUCCAAGUCCAGGAGAAACACCACCUUCAUCACCAUCAAUUUUUUAUGACAACGAAAGUUCAGAAAAUAAUAUUUCGUCGGUUUCGGAUUAUGAAGAAACCUUAAAGGAAUAUAUACAAACACGAAAAUAG